AUGGCCUUGCCCAAGAGAAUCGUCAAGGAGACUGAGCGCCUGAUGGCCGAACCUGUGCCCGGAAUCAGUGCAGUCCCUCACGAGGAGAACCUUCGCUACUUCGACGUCACCAUCGACGGCCCGGACUCCUCCCCCUAUCAAGGUGGCACGUUCAAGCUGGAGCUGUUUCUCCCCGACGACUACCCCAUGACGCCACCCAAGAUCCGCUUCCUCACCAAGAUAUUCCACCCCAACGUCGACAAGCUUGGCCGCAUCUGCCUCGACGUCCUGAAAAACAACUGGUCUCCCGCCCUCCAGAUCCGCACUAUCCUCCUCUCGAUUCAAGCCCUCCUCGGCGCGCCCAACCCAGACGACCCGCUUGCUGCAGACGUCGCCAAGUCAUGGAAAGAGGACGAGAAGGCCGCUAUCGAGACGGCCCGGGAGUGGACACAGAAAUACGCGACGGGCCAGCAGCAGUAG